AUGUCUUUCCAAACAAACUUUACCCCCGUCGCUCUUAAGGACGCCAACCUCUUCAAACCCAUCAAAGUGGGGGCCAUGGAAUUGGACCACCGUGUCGUGAUGGCUCCAUUGACCAGAAUGAGGGCUCUUCACCCUAACCAUAUCCCCAACGAGGAAUUGACCCCAUUGUACUAUGACCAGAGAUCAAAGGCUCCAGGUACUCUGAUUAUCACGGAGGCAACUUUCAUCUCCGCACAAGCUGGUGGGUACGACAACGCUCCAGGUAUCUGGUCAGAGGAACAGGUUGCCGUCUGGAAGAAGAUCUUUGCUAAGAUACACGGGAACAACUCCUUUGUCUUUGUACAAUUGUGGAAUUUGGGAAGACAGGCUAUCCCCAGCGCUAUGGCCAGAGAUGGGCUCCGUUACGACUCUGCCUCUGAUGACUUGUACAUAGACGAAGAGACCAAGAAGGCCGCAUUCGAUGCCGGUAUUAAGCAACACGGUAUCACCAAAAGUGAGAUCAAGCAGUACAUUGCAGAGUACGUCCAUGCUGCCAAAAACUCUAUCGAGGCCGGUGCUGACGGUGUCGAGAUCCACAGUGCCAACAGUUAUAUACUGAACCAAUUCCUGGACCCAAUUUCUAACCAUAGAACUGACGAAUACGGCGGAUCUAUUGAAAACAGAGCCCGCUUCUCUUUGGAGGUUGUCGAUGCCUUGAUCAAUGCCAUCGGUGCCGAAAGAGUGGGGAUCAGAUUUUCACCCUUUGGGAAGUACGGUGGUAUGUCAGGUAGCGACGAUCCUCAGGUAUACGAACUCUACUCUUACCUGCUGGACCAAUUGGAAUCGAGAGCACAAUUUGGUAACAGAUUAGCAUACGUGCACCUCAUGGAACCCCGUGUCACGAAUGCUUCCCUGGAGGAAGGCCAAGGUGAAGACCUGGAACAUUCGAAUGAUUUUGCGUACGAACACUGGAAGGGUCUCAUUAUCAGAUCUGGUAACUUUGCCAUCAACCCAGAUAUUACCAAGAGAGUAGUGGACGACAGAACUUUGAUCGCGUAUGGGAGAUACUUCAUCUCAACUCCGGAUUUACCCCACAGACUAGCCGAGGGGUUGCCCUUGAACAAGUACGACAGACCCACGUUUUAUGCACCAAGUGCCGUUGGUUACACAGAUUACCCAACUUACGAAGAGGCCUUGAAGUUGGGGUGGAAAGCCUGA